AUGAUUAUGAAAUUAUGUUUUUUUAUGUUAAUUUGCUUUAUUUAUGAUUCCUUUGUACAAGCAACAAAAGAAGUUGUCCUAUUAGAUACACGAGAAGCUCGUGAUUAUCUUAAUUGGGAUAAAACAUCCAAUAAUGGAAAUCUAAACGAUGGCUGGGGUGAACUAAGUUUCGAAGCUAAAUUAUUUCCAACACUUUUAUUAUCACCAUCAACAUCCACAUUAUGGCGUACACAAUAUGUAUGUGACAUAACAUCCGAACGUCAUGUGGAUAAUUGGUUACGCUCACCUUACUUUAAACGUCAACAAGCUCAACGUAUUGAAAUUGAACUCGGCUUUUCUAUUCGAGACUGUUCAACAUUUCAAACGCCAAAUGAAAUACGUUCGUGUCGUGAAACAUUUGAACUCUAUAUACACGAAAGUGAUUAUGAAGAUAAUGAUCUAUUAUGGUCAUCCUAUAAAUUAGUUGAUGUUAUUGCUGGAAAUCGUUUUACAUCAAACAAUUAUGGUAGUCAAUCAUCGGCAUCAAGCGGAAAUAAUCUAACAGUUAAUGUUAAAACUCGUGGCAUAUCUGUAAAUAAAAAUGGUUUCUAUAUCGCAUUUCGUGAUCAAGGCGCAUGUGUAUCAUUAUUAUAUGUUAAAAUUUUUUAUCGUCUAUGUCAAGAUACAAGUAUUGGUCUUGUACUUUUCCCAGAAACUCCUACAGGCGCACAUUUAACUGAUAUUGUCGAACGUCAUGGCAUAUGUACAAUUAAUUCUAAACCAGUCCAGAAACCACUAGGUUUCUGUAAAGGAAAUGGCGAAUGGGCUUUUCAAGAAACAUCAUUGCGUGAUAGUUGUCAUUGUCAAGAUGGGUAUGAGCUUCUUAUUGAUAAUAAGAAUAAUGGUCUUCUAUCUCGUGCCAUUUGCAAGGCGUGUUCAAUUGGCACUUUUAAAUCAACUAUUAGUAAUAAUUAUCGAUGUGAACGUUGUCCAUUGAAUAGUCAUACAAAAGAUAAAGGUGCAUCGUCGUGUAUAUGUAAUGAUGGCUUCUUUCGUCUUAAUGCAUCAUUAUCCAAUUCACCUUGCUUUGGAAGUCCUAUCGAACCACAAAAUGUAACAGUCGAUGAUAUUGAUCAAGCAUCAAUUAAAAUAUCUUGGAAACGAUCAAUAGACAAUGCAAAUGAUAUUGUUUAUCGUAUAGAAUGUAAUCGUUUAGUCGAAGGUCGACUUAUACCUUGUGAAUCUUACAUAUCGUAUCAACCAAAUCGUACAUUUAUUAAUGGUUCAAGUGUACAAAUGUUGGGUCUUGAUGCUGAUACAAAUUAUAAUAUUGAACUCUAUGCUGAACAUCUAUCUACACAUUUAUUAAGUAAAUCAGUUGAUUUAUCAUUUACAACAAAACGACCAAUACCAAAAUUAAUUCGUGAUAUAAAUAUUCGACGAAUAUCAUUGAAUACAAUAAUAAUAUCAUGGUCAUCGAAUGAUUUUGAUCAAUAUCAAAUACGUUAUUGGCCAUUAAAUGAUGAUAAUAGAAAAUUUCUUCGAACACUUCUAUUCAAUAAUUUUACAUUGAUAACACAAUCGGAUAAUUAUAAAUUUCAACUACGUGGUCAUACACGUUUUGGUUGGAGUUUAUAUACACAAGAGAAAUCACUUUCUGUAAGUUCACUAUUAGUCGAUGAACAAUAUUUAGCAAAUACGAAAUUAACUGAUGUUACAACCAAAUUUGUUGAAAACAAAACCAUACUUCUUAUUGGACCAUUUAUUAUUCUUCUAUUACUUAUUACAGUUAUUAUUUUAGCAUUUAUUUAUUCGAAAAAAAGACGAACAUGUCGAUUGAAAACAGCAAGUGAUUGUGAAUCAUUAGACUAUCAAAAACGACAAGUGAGUGGUCAUUAUGGGCCCGAUGCAUUCUUCAAUUCUGGCUGGUCAGCACCAUUAUGGCCUCCGAUUCCAACAACAUCGAAAACAUACAUCGAUCCUCAUACAUAUGAAGAUCCAACAAAAGCUGUAAGAGAUUUUGCACGUGAAUUGGAUCCUAAUUUAAUAGUUAUUGAAUCAGUCAUCGGCGGUGGCGAAUUCGGUGAUGUCUGUCGAGGCAAACUGCGUAAACCAAAUAUGAUGAAAGAUGUACCAGUUGCAAUAAAAACAUUAAAACAAGGCGCAAUAGAAAAAACUCGUUUAGAUUUCUUAUCUGAAGCUAGCAUAAUGGGACAAUUUGACGAUGAAAAUGUUAUUUACUUGGAAGGUGUUGUAACAAAACAUCAUCCUAUUAUGAUUGUAACUGAAUAUAUGGAAAAUGGUUCAUUAGAUGCAUAUCUUCGAGCAAAUGAAGGAAAUAAAUGUCUUGAUGCAUUGCAGUUAACACGUAUGUUACGUGGUAUUGCAUCUGGCAUGAAAUAUCUAUCAGAUAUGAAAUAUGUUCAUCGAGAUUUAGCAGCACGAAAUAUUCUUGUAAAUAAAGAUCUCAUAUGUAAAGUAGCUGAUUUUGGUUUAAGUCGUGAAAUCGAUGAUGGUGAUAGUUAUACUACAAAAGGUGGUAAGAUUCCAAUACGUUGGACAGCCAUUGAAGCCAUUGAUUAUCGUAAAUUUACGUCGGCAUCCGAUGUGUGGAGCUUCGGUGUAUUAUGUUGGGAAGUUGUUUCAUUUGGUGAAAGACCUUUUUGGAAUUGGUCAAAUCAAGAUGUGAUUAAAGCAAUUAAAAAUUCCUAUCGUCUUCCACCACCCAUGGGUUGUCCUGAUGUAUUAUACAAGUUAAUGCUUAUCUGUUGGAAUGAAGAAUAUUUGGAACGACCAAAAUUUACAGAUAUCGUUCAACAAUUAACGCAAUUUAUUCAAGUACCUAGUCGACUUCUUUCACUAGCAAAACAACGAUUCGUUUUCGUCAAUCAUCCCGAUCAGCCUAAUUUUGCUCAAGUAACAUCUAUCAUAGACUGGCUUCAUAAUUUACAACUCGAUCGUUUAAUACGAUUAUUUAUGAGUGCUGGUUAUACGAACCUAUCACAGAUAUGCCAUUUUAACCAAUCAGAUUUGCAUGAUAUUAUUGGAAAUAGUAUAACACUUGAUGAACAAACUCGUUUAUUAGAUUCAUUAAAACAUGUACGAUCGCAAUUGGUAUUGAUAUCAUCGAAAUCAUUGUUGCCUGGUGAAGGCUAUCUUGUGUAA